GCGGCGAGGGCCCGGAUGCGGAGGGGGCGGGGCUCCCGCGCGGCCCGCCCCCGGGCCACGUGAGGCGGCGGUCACGUGACGGCGCGAUGGGGACGGCGCUGGACGUGCGGGUGAAGCGCGCGGGGAAGGUCUAUCGCGAUGGGGAAGUUCUUUCUGGAGUGGUGGUCAUAACCAGUAAGGACACAGUGCAGCACCAGGGGAUCUCCUUAACCAUGGAGGGCUCAGUGAAUCUGCAGCUCAGUGCCAAGAAUGUGGGUGUGUUUGAGGCCUUCUGCAACACUGCCAAGCCUAUUCAGAUUAUCAGCAGCACCAUUGAAAUGGUGAAACCAGGGAAGCUCCCCAGUGGCAAGACAGAAAUUCCCUUUGAGUUCCCACUGCAGAUGAAGGGCAACAAAGUUCUCUAUGAGACAUACCACGGAGUCUUUGUCAAUAUCCAGUACACCCUGCGCUGUGACAUGAGACGUUCCCUGCUGGCAAAGGACCUGACCAAGACUUGUGAGUUCAUUGUCCACUCCCUGUCACAGAAAGGGAAGCUGCUGCCGAGCCCUGUGGACUUCACCAUUACUCCUGAAACUCUGCAAAAUGUUAAAGAGAGAGCCUCCCUCCCCAAAUUCCUGAUCAGAGGGCACCUGAACUCCACCAACUGUGUGAUCACGCAGCCGCUGACGGGGGAGCUGGUGGUGGAGAGCGCCGAGGCGGCCGUCAAGAGCAUCGAGCUGCAGCUCGUGCGUGUGGAGACCUGUGGGUGUGCUGAGGGCUACGCCAGGGAUGCCACAGAGAUCCAGAACAUCCAGAUCGCCGACGGCGACGUCUGCAGGGGCCUCCCCAUCCCCAUCCACAUGGUGUUCCCCAGGCUCUUCACCUGCCCCACCCUGGAAACAACCAACUUCAAAGUGGAGUUUGAAGUGAACAUCGUGGUCCUCCUGCACGACGACCAUCUCAUCACAGAGAACUUCCCCCUGAAGCUCUGCAGAAUGUGAACAUCCACAGGAGAAGCAGGGAAGGAUUUCCUGGGAAUUCCUCAGAGGGCAAGUGGAACUUUAUCCAUGCCUGACUUCAGCUGGAGCCACCUCACCUCCUUCUUCCUUGUGGGCACUUUGUGUGCUUCCACUUCCCUGUUAACCUGGCCAAGACUUUGCCUCUCUGCAUUCCCCAAUCCUGCUGCCUUCAACAGCCAUGGUUUUUUCCAAUUUUUCUCUGGCAGAACCUGAAGGAAUCAUUCUGUAUCUUUCUACAGCUUGUAGAAGUAUGUAGCAAGUUCCUCUCUUGAUUUAAUUUUGUAAUAUUUGUUCCAAAGUCCUUUGAAGACCCCUUAAAACUCAUAAAUCCCAUUAUAGCCAUACUGGGAAUUGUGACAGAACGAGGUCUUUGAAGGUCUAAAAAAUGGUGCUACAACUCUGGAAGGUGGUGCUGUGGGAUCUGUCCCAAGGUGGGUGGGAAAUGAGUGAUUUCAAAUCACAGCAAGGAAAUUUUGGUCAAACUGGGAACAGGAGUUGGUGCUGGAGGAAUUAAUUAAUGUGUGUGUGAGUGUACAGCUUAAAGGAAAAGUAAUUCAGUAAGAAAUAACCUUCCCAACACAAACAGGUUGUGGAUUUUCAUGUUGUUUUCAUGUUUCCACACAGCUUGUGGAUUUUCCAUUAAUUUUCCAUGUGGGGGUAGAGGCAGGCUCAGUCUGUAUUAUGGAAACUGGAAGUGUAAAGAUGAGCACCUAAAAAGGCACAAUCAAACAAAGAAAAAUAAUUUCCUUUUGUUUAUCCAGCAGCACUGCCAAGCAGGAGAAUGUAAUUCCAGUUUGGGCCCUGGUGUUUCAGGAAGAAAAAGCUGAAAUUUUCAUUUCAGUGUCUGGGAAGGGGGAGGAAAAUACUCUUUACUGAAAUGUACUAUUUACUGAAAUUUACUUUUCCCUGAGACCAGGGAUGGUGCAGGGGGAUUUGGGGAAGAGCUGCAACCCCCCAGAACUACUGGAAGCUGAGAAGAAUUCCAGUGCUGGAAUUUUUAGACCUUAAUUCUACAUCAGAGUAGUUACUCACCCCUAACUCAGAGUGAGCAGAAAAACUACACAAGAACAACGUGUUUAGCUGCAGCAGUAAUUUUAUUUUUUAUUUAAGUGGUAAUUAAUACACUCAUUAAUGAGAGAGGAGUUUAAAACUUCAGCUGGAGGAGAUGUAGCAGUGUGGGGAACAAGUGAUUCCUGGAAUUAGCCAAGGGCUCCUAAUCCAUGUGAUGCUCCCUGGAUUCAGACAACAGAAUAUUUGAGUUUCAUUUUAAGAUUCUCAGGCUCUGGUCAUCACCUUUUUGGCUGUGUGGGACAAAUUUGUCUGUGUUGAAGGUGCUCUGGCCACUUCAGACUCAGAAAACAGUGGGAGAAAAUUCCCUGAGCUGUUGGAAUUCUGCCCCUCCUGCUACUGGUGACCAUUCCUGCAGAAAAUACAGAGGAAGUGUGGCUUAAAAAUCCUUUUAAAAGUCCUUUUAAAAAUACUUUUAAAAAAUCCUUCCAAUUUAAACAGACCAGCUCUUCAACAAGGGGGAAAUUCAAAUUUCAACUUUAUUUUGAGAUUAAAGAAUUGAUCCAUAUGAACAAUUUAAAAUUUUCAAUUCAAUUCAAAAUGUGACUAAAAGCCAUUAUUUGAACAGUUUGAGUUCUUAGCUGUGGAUUUAUGCACAGAGAUGAGCUGCAAAGACCACACCAGGCUUGAACCCUGGAUUGUUUAUGCCAGAGGGAGGGAAUGUCUUGCUUUCCAAAUUCUGUUGGUCCCUCCUUUGGGUCACCCACUUGCUUGAUAUUGGAAUAAAUCUGAGGGAAAAGGCCCCUCCCCACAGGAAUUAUGCACUGGCCUUUCAGGUAAAAGAAUUUGGUACUUUCUAUGUCCCUUAGCCAAAAAUCCAGCAGUUUUGUGUGCUGCCAGCCCUGAACUGCACAGCUUCAGGCAGGAACCAGGAGAAAUCCUGGAUCUUGGAGUCAGAUCCCAAGGCUGUUCCCAUGGCCAAUAAACCCAGGGUUCUGUCCUGUCCCCCAGCACUGGGGUUGUGCUGCAGCCCCUUUAAAUCUUGAAUUCUGAAGUGUGGGAGUAAAGCAGGAGUAAGAGCAGGCUCAGCUGUACUUGUUCCAUGCAGGAAGCUCGGGGAAGUCCUCGGGAAGCAGAGCGUGGACACGGCAGAUGGGGCAGGUGCUGGAAUGCUGCUUGAGCCACAUUCGGAUGCACUGUGGGGACAGGGAGAGGGUGACAGGUAAAACUGGGCAAGAGGAGUCCAGCUGGAGGCUGAAAAUUAUUGGCACUAAUGGGGAAGCUCUUCAACAAGUUCUGCACCACUGAAGUUUGGGGGUGCAGAGCUGUUCUCCUGCUCUACCCGAAUUUAUUCUGCGAGGACAAAUCAGCAUUUAAACGAAAAAGGUAAAGGGAGAAAUGGAGCUACUCCAACCCAAUCCUGGCUUUUUUACUUCAUGAAUUUCCACUGUCAGGAGGCAAAUAAGAGUUUUCAGGGAUAACCCAUUCCCUGAGUGCGCUGCCAGCAAUCCCAACCAAAUUCAUUCUCUGAAGAAUCACCUGAAAUCCACUCUGAUGAAUCAUUUUACUUUAAAAAUACCUAAAGCUUUCUGACAGGCUGGCUGCGGGUCGAGUUUGGUGGGGGGGAAAAGGCUGGAAAAGGAAAUUGUGCCCUGUUGUUUAAGCACUGAAGGGUAAGGGGAGGGUCAAGGGGUUGUUUUUGGGGUGGAGAUGAGGAACAAGAGCAGAACUCACCUCUUUGUGGAAGUGAUGGCCACACUCGAGCUCACAGCAGUCUGUGCUCAGCUCAUCGUGGCAGAUGGUGCAGGGAUCCUCACUGCAAGCCUGGCCAGGAAAGGAACACUCAGUUAUUUAAAAAUCAGCAACUAACCAGCACAUUCCACUCAAUUAACAAGGUCACUAACUUUAACCAAGUCUGCUGAAGCUUUUGUACACAAAAUAAACGAGGCAAUUAUUUUUUUUUUC